CAAUUAGGAAAAAAAUUACGCUUUUAGUGGAAGCAAAACAAAUGUAAUGUUAUAUAUAAUUCAGUAUAGUAAUGUCAGCAAUUGUUUAUCCAACCUGUUGUCGUACUAUUACAACAGAUUGAGACUCUUAACAUUCACUCUGAUGAUCUCAGUGAACGUCCCUCAGCAUCACGUGAUCUCGCUCAGUUCAUCUGUAAGAUGACUCAUCUGAAGGACCUGACACUCAAGGGUCAGUAUCACCAUGGACCUACUAGUACUACAGUAGGUCCAUGGUAUCACGAUGCUUUCUACUCAACAGCGUCAUCGAUGGCAUCAUCCGCAAAGAUUGACCCUCUGCCUCUUAACAUCCACUCUGGUGAUAUCAGUGGACGUCCCUCUGUAUCACGUGAUCUCGCACAGUUCAUCUGCAAGAUGACUCAUCUGAAGGACCUGACACUCGGCGGUCAGUAUCACGAUGACUUCUACUCAACAGCGUCAUCGAUGGCAUCAUCUGCAAAGAUUAAGACUCUUGAGAUCUGCUCUGGUGAUCUCAGUAAACGUCCCUCUGCAUCGCGUGAUCUCGCUCAGUUCAUCUAUAAGAUGACUCAUCUGAAGAAGCUGACACUCCACGAUCAGUAUCACGAUGACUUCUAUUCAAAAUUAUCAUCGAUGGCAUUAACCGUAAAGAUUGAGACUCUUUACAUCUACUCUGCUGAUCUCAGUGAACGUCCCUCUGCAUCACGUGAUCUCGCUCAGUUCAUCUGUAAGAUGACUCAUCUGAAGGACCUGAGACUCCGCGGUCAGUGUCACGAUGACUUCUAUUCAACAUCGUCAUCGAUGGCAUCAUCUGCAAAGAUUGAGACUCUUUACAUCUACUCUGCUGAUCUCAGUGAACGUCCCUCUGCAUUACGUGAUCUCGCUCAGUUCAUCUGUAAGAUGACUCAUCUGAAGGACCUGAGACUCCGCGGUCAGUGUCACGAUGACUUCUAUUCAACAUCGUCAUCGAUGGCAUCAUCUGCAAAGAUUGAGACUCUUGACAUCGACUCUGCUGAUCUCGGUGAACGUCCCUUUGCAUCACGUGAUCUCGCUCAGUUCAUAUGUAAGAUGACCCAUCUGAAGAAGCUGACACUCGACGGUCAGUAUCACGAUGACCUCUACUCAACAUCUUCAUCGAUGGCAUCAUCUGCAAAGAUUGAGACUCUUGACAUCGACUCUGCUGAUCUCGGUGAACGUCCCUUUGCAUCACGUGAUCUUGCUCAGUUCAUAUGUAAGAUGACCCAUCUGAAGAAGCUGACACUCGACGGUCAGUAUCACGAUGACCUCUACUCAACAUCUUCAUCGAUGGCAUCAUCUGCAAAGAUUGAGACUCUUUACAUCUACUCUGCUGAUCUCAGUGAACGUCCCUCUGCAUCACGUGAUCUCGCUCAGUUCAUAUGUAAGAUGACUCAUCUGAAGGACCUGACACUCCGCGGUCAGUGUCACGAUGACUUCUAUUCAACAUCGUCAUCGAUGACAUCAUCUGCAAAGGUAUUGAUUUGA